AUGCCCUAUGAUGAAUGGUGGGGUUUAACAGACGUAAGUUAUUCGCAGCGUGCCCCUCCUCAUCCACCCGGCGGUGAAUUAGCUGCAGCCCAUAGCCAGCGCGCGGCCACCUUCCCCGAUCGAUUUUUCGAACGCAAUCCGGUCACACAUGGAGGAACGUCGAGCCAGACCCGGCGGCGGCAGCGGCAAUCGCGCGUUUAG